AUGUCUCUCCAUGACGCUAUUCGCCUUAGCGGUAAAGUAGCCAUAGUCACUGGAGGUUCUCGCGGUAUCGGCGAGCGCAUUGCAUUUGAACUUGCGCAGAAUGGAGCCAAGGUUUCAAUUACAUAUACAUCGGCCGGAAGUGAGGCGCGCCUGAAUGAUUUGAUACAACGUAUCAACGCGCUCAACAAUGGUUCCUCUGCUAUCGCUGUAAAGGCCGAUCUGCGGGAACCCACGUCUCCAGCAAAAAUCGUCGCAGAAACAAUCCAGAAAUUUGGCGAGCACAUUGACAUCCUGGUCAACAACGCCGGCGUUGAGCUCGUCAAGCCUCUUCAGGAGAUCACAGUGACCGAUUUUGGGUUUGUCUACGACCUCAACGUCCGCGCCCCCAUGCUCAUGCUGCAGUCUGUCCUACCGUAUUUACGUGCCCCAGGGCGAAUUAUAAACAUUGGCUCUGUUGGCGGGCGGUAUGGGUUUAAGCAGCUUUCUGUUUAUUGUUCUUCGAAGUCAGCACUGGAAGGCUUGACAAGAUGCUGGGCUGCUGAGCUAGGGUUAAGUGGGCAUACUGUUAACUGUGUGAACCCGGGCCCUGUCCAGACGGAACUGAUGGACAAUAUUCCCAAGGAGACUAUCGCGAUGCAAAAAAGCCAAACCCCUAUACAAAACAGGAUAGGUACCGUGGAGGAUAUCGCGCCCGUAGUGGCCUGGCUUGCUAGUGAGGAGAGCAAAUGGAUUACUGGCCAGGUUGUUUCGGCUAGUGGAGGGUGGGCCAUGUAUUAA